AAAAAGUUUGUCAUGCACGAGAAAGUGCUCACCGAGCGGUCUAGCUAUUUCAGAAACGCUGUGAAGGAUAGCUGGGUCGAGGCCACGGACGGAGUCAUCAUAUUACAAGACGUGGACGAGCAGACCUUCGCGCUAUACCAACAACUAGUCUAUAGGGGCCGCGUCCCAUGCUUAGAAGUCAACACUGUGAAGGAAUCAUCACCAGAACGCCGCGACCCGAACCGAGAUUGUGCCCACCCCGAAGUCUGCUCUAACGAGUACGAAUCUCUAUGCGACCUCUACGCGUUCGCAGAGCGCAUGCAGGACCUCAAGGCGAAAAACUCUACGGUCGCUGCACUCAUUUUGAAACUCAAUGACGAGUUGGCAUAUACGCACCACAACCAGCCAGGCAAGGUGUGCUUUCCUAGCGCCGAAGCAAUCCGGACGAUGUACGAGAAUACAUCUGGGAACUGCCCUGGGCGGGCGGUAUUGGCGCACGCAUAU